CGGAGAAGCAGGAAGUGAGGCCACGCACGUGCAGCGGGAGCUCCUGAGAGGUCGCUAACAAUGAGGCGGUAAAAACGGUUCUGUUUAGGAUUGGACAGUUACUGAUGCUGCUGCCAUGCAGUCAGUGCUGGGCUCCGAACAUCGACAGUCGCAGAACUCUUGUUCUUCUGUACCAUGCGCCCUUUGGCCCGUGGACCUCAAGUUAACGCACUUGGACUGGAACCCAGAAGCAACCCUGAUACACUUCCAGGGACAGUACCUGACCAUAUGUGACCUCGACUAUAACAUCUUGCAAGGGGAAAUACAGAACGUACCAAAGACUAAAGCCGCAGUGGACAUCGGAGAGUUUUGCCUCGUGGAGGAUUUGACUUCAGCUCGCUGGUACAGAGGAAGAGUUCAGAACCGAAAAGAGGACUUGUUUGAUGUUUUCCUCAUAGAUCGCGGCAAUGUCUUGAGCGUCGACAUUGCCAACAUAUCUUCCUGUUCAAACGACCUGUUCAUCCUGCCUCCCAAGAUAGUUUGCGGCUUUCUUGCGAAUGUCCUGCUGCUUCAGAGUUGUUCUCAUUCGGUAGUGGAGGAGUACUUCUCGAGCCUGAUUGGAAGAGAUGUCACGGGCUACAUCCAAGCCCUCCUGCCCCACAAAGUACUCUUGUUGGAAGCCCCUGACAUCAACGUCGACUUUGUUAGACACGGGUUUGGGAGGCAUGUGGACACAGCUACGUUCCUCCUCUUGGUUGAGAUGCUCACGGAGUUUCCACUCAAACAAUAUGUUGAACAAGUUCCCGACUUGCUCAUUGAAAAGCCGAGGGGACAAGAGUUUUGCUUCAAACCGUCUGGGUUGCAGGGAUACGAAGACAUUCUGUCUUUCUGUGGGCCCAGAUUGAGUUGUGGGACGCGUGCUAAAGUGCGUGUAACUGCUGCUGUCAACCCUGGGCUGUUUUACUGUCAGAUGGUCAGUAUGGAAACCGAACUUUGGGAAAUGUCAAAGAAGCUGGCCGCUGUUUGUGAGUACAGAACCAAAGAAUGCGGUCAGAAGACUCCAGAAAACCUGGGUUUACUGUGCUCAGUUAAAGGCAAAGACGGGAAAUGGUAUAGAGGCUUUGUGCAGUUUCUCCCAGUUAACUCUCAAGUUAGAGUUUUGUUCAUUGACUACGGAUUUUUUGAAUCUGUCAAAGUCGAGAAUGUCCACAGGUUGCCACCUGAUUUCGAUUCAACACCCAUCAUGGCGUUCCCAUGCUCGCUCUUAUGCCUUAGCGAUCAGGACGAGGCCGUCAAAGCUGAGCAGCUGAGCUUUCUCAAGGCAGGCUUGCUUGGAAGAGUGUUAGAUGUGGAGAUCAAAAGUUUUGACAAACAACAACAUCUUUACUCUAUCGCAGUAGUUAGUGCUGAAGAUAAUCAUGUGAAGGAACUUGAGCCCGUUCAGGAGCUUCCUCGAAUCAAGAGUCAGUCAGUUUUUGAGACAGAAGAACUUUCUCCUCAGGGUGGCUAUUUAUAUUAUGAGACUAUCAUGUGUGAAGCUUUUGGUAAAACACUGAAAACCGAAGAGGUACGAGUAGACUCUGUGUUUGUGGGUUAUGUUGAACACGUUCAGAAUCCACACCGCUUCUGGAUCCGAACACAAAAACGCAAUGGUGACUUCGAAGAAAUGAUGAGAGAAAUGGCGGAUCACUUCAGUGAAAUGAAGAUGGAUGAAGAUGUGCUGUUGAAUCCUGAGCUUGGGACGCUGUGCUGCGCCGUUUAUGAGGAAGACAUGCAUUUCUACAGGGGUGUCGUGACAGACACUCUUGAGCAUGGAGCUGAGGUCCUUUUCAUCGAUUUUGGGAACAUCGAGAAAGUGCCACACAUGUUGAUCAAGAAGAUACCAAAGACGUUUGCCAGCAAAUCUGCAUUUGCCUUCUGUUGUUCUCUUGCUAACGUCAUUCCUUUGGGUGACGUCUGGACAAGCACUACCGGUGACUUUUUCAGAAGAACUGUGUCAAACAAAGCCCUGCUGGUCCGUGUUGUCCAGAUGAAGAAAAACAAACUAGUUGUUGAUCUGUAUGAAAUGGGAAGCGACAACAACCAAAGUAUCUCCGAGCUCCUGAUCUCUGCGAACCAAGCUGAACACUGGAACAACAUUCCCGUUGACAAAAACAGUUGGGGUCCAGAGGUUUGUAACUCGCUGAAAGGUUUUGUCCAUGACGGCACCCGUGGUCUAAGAUGUGAAGUUGUCUCUCAGUUAAACGUGAAAAACAAAGGGCUGUGCAAUGUUGUUGACCUCUACGACACCCAAACCCAACAGAGCAGCAUGACAAAUGUUCUCAGGGUACAGGGCCUGGCAAGAGAAGCAACAAUCCCAACAAAGCAACUGUCAGCGGUGAUUCCUGAGUCUUUUGUCUUCUCUUCACAUGAUAUAAGUCCCGGAAACGAAGAGCAAGUCUACGUAACUUACGUUAGCAGUCAGUGGGAGGUCUACUGCCACCUUGAGAGAAACACUGACGUCAUCGAAGAGCUUGAGAGGAAAAUCUCUGAGGAGAGUGAGAAAAUGAUGCAAGCCAGUACGAGAGCUGUUGUGAGGAAGAUGUGCCUGGCGAAAUACUUUGAUGGCAAAUGGUACAGGGGCUUGGCACAUCCUGUUCAGUCGCCUCUGCAUCUCAGUGUGUAUUUUGUGGACUAUGGAAACACAAACAUAUCUGAGAAAACCCACGUCAUGUAUAUCCCCAGACACUCUACUGAUCUGUUGUACACUCCCAUGCAGGCUGUGAGGUGUAGCCUUGCUUCAGUGUCCAAGGAAGAGCUCUACGCAGAUGCCAAGAAAUGGCUCCACGAUGAAGUCCUCAACAAGAAAGUGAGAGCUCUCGUAGUUGGAAAGAACGAAGAUGGUUCAUUUGACGUUGUACUGUUCGACGGAGAUGUUAACAUCAAUGAGAAGGUAAAUGAGCUCAUUCUCAGUCUUUUACCUAAACCAAAGACGGUUGGGAGUGUUGACAUGAGCAGCGCAAAGACAAAACACAAAACUCUCCACACAAGAAACGCAAAGAUGUCAGUCAAGCACACAAAUGCCAACAGAGGAGUUGCAGUUGGUAGCGUGCCACACGGAAAGAAAAACACAAAAGUCCAAGGGAUCGCUCAAAGCAAGAACGCGAAAGUAAAACAGCAAAAUGAGGACGGUACAAAACGCUGCGUCUCUGUAAAACCUCAGAAAAACUCUCAAUUAACACAACAAAGAGACACAAACACAAAGUCAGAACCACCACAAUAUACAAAGGACACCGAGAUCCCUCAGCUCUUGUGUUUGCCCGACAUCAAAGUGAGCAAAGGUUUCAGGGCAAAGUGUUUCGUCUCCCACAUCGAAUCGGUCAACAGUUUUUUCCUUCAACUGUCAGAAGAUGAAGCCGCCCUCUUGAAAAUGGGAGAAGAUCUCAACUCGGGUAUCUUCAAAAAGACUACCGCACCUUUGAGAAUUAAUGACCUUGUUCUGGCUGAGUAUGAGGAAGACGGCGCUCUUUAUCGUUGCGCUGUGAAGGACCGUGAAGGAAGUUCUAGUUUCAAAGUUGAGUUUGUGGACUAUGGAAACUCAGCAGUCAUAGGGAUGGAGAAGAUCUACUCCAUACCAAAGGAGUAUCUCUCUCAGCCAAGAUUCAGCAUACCAUGCUCCCUGUUGGACACAAGCACAUACGACAGUGAUACCUCUUUCACUGAUGCUGUAAUGGACAAGCCUCUGGUCGUUGAUUUUGUCCGUCAAUGUGGCACUCAAUGGGAAGUCACGGUUGAGAUUCUUGAUGGAGUCGGUCUUCCAGCGUCACUUGAAAGUAGCACUGAAACUGAAAAGGAAGAGGAGCCUUCUGCGAGUUCACCUGAAAAAGAAGAAAGCGUGAGAUCCUGCCAACCGAACUGUGUACGAGAAGAAGUGGCUAAAAAUGAAACGGCUAAAGAAAGAAUGAUGCCUACUGUUGAUAAACCACCACCACCUACCGCACUGUCACGCAAACUGAAUGUAAAAAUCUGCAGGAGCCUUAGAAGAAGACCCAUCAGAAACAAGUGUUACUCUCAGAAGAAUCCAAGGAAAAUCAAAGCAAAGAGUGAUCGUACAGACGGAAUCAUACCACUGACUGUUCAAGCUAAAGACACAGAAAACUGUAGAGUUCUGUCGGUUCUGAGCAACAGCAACUUUUACGUCCGACUGAAUAGGACCAGUGACGCGCUCGCUGCGUUGGAAAGUCGCAUAGCUGACAACCUACACAAGUACGAGGUAGUGGCUGAAGAAGAGGUCCGACGUGGCUUCAAGUGCUUAGUUCAGGUGCACAAGGACGAGCAGUGGCACAGGGCUGCUGUUCAACAUGUAUGCCAGGGGAAAUGCCAGGUCCUCCUCUUGGAUCAUGGAACAACAGAAGAAAUUCCAAGUUGCUCAAUCAGACGACAGAAUAGUAACCUGGCAAACGUCCCGAACUUUGCAGUUAAGUGCAAGAUGAACUGCUUCGGGUUCAGUGAGGGAGAGGGUGCUCACAAAUCGUGGUGCGAAACUCUCAAGCCAAUGAUAGGCAAAGAAGUCAAGCUGGUGUUUGUGUGUUAUUCAGAAGCUGAUCAACUCUGGAGUGUUGAAAUAAUCAUGAAUGAACUGUUCCUCAUUCUUCCAAUCACAACGUCACUGCAGCGGGACGAAGAGACGAUCCCACCGCCCGCUGAAACCACAAACGACCGACGUUGGGACACGAGCCGACCUCAGCAACUUGUCUUCGCUCCUAUUGAUACAGACAAAGCGUACUCUGGCUUCGCUGCUGCAGUGACCACUCCCUUCGAGUUUUGUGUUGUUCUGGAGGACUUGCUGCUCGUCAUGAGCGAAGUGUCCUUAAUGCUGGACGACCUGCCUGAGCAGAUGUCUCCUCUUCCCGAAGCCAACCUCGUCCCCGGCACCUGCUGCCUUUUGAAAUCGGACACCAAGAACAAGUGGUGCAGGGCAGAAAUCGUACACUUUGACCCCACCGCGGUCCUAAACCUGGUGGAUUACGGCCACUACGAAUGCGUGCCGUAUGAAAACUGCUCCCAGCUGAAGAGGCUCCCAGUGGAGCUGACGUCCCAGCCGAAAGUGACGUACCCCUGCAUCCUGAGAGGGGUGAAGCCGGUCAGAGCGGACGGACAGUGGACCGACGAAGCAGCAGUCUUCUUCCAGCAGUGUUUGUGUCAGAAGAAUCUCCAGAUCUUCUUCAGAGAGUUUGUGUCAAACACACACUGGAAGGUGGACGUUCUGGCCGACGGGGUCCAUGUUGCCAAGGAGCUGGUGGAUGCUGGACACGCCAGUUAUAUAGACGUCAUGCUCGGACUCAGGUUCCAGGAACAGAGUCCCCGUAAAGCUGCUUCUCACAACCCUGGUAGUGAGGAAGAGCGUGGCGAGGAAGGAGUCGCCUCUGACAGGAAGUCACGUCUUUCUGUUGAGUCUACCGAUGAAGCAGAGGAGAAGAUACAGCGAUCUGGUGAAUGUUUUCUGAUGUGACCUGUCUGGUCGGUUGGCUCAGAUGAGCAGCGAGGGCCGGCCAGUAACGUUAACC